GUUGCAUUGCAUUGCAUGUGAUGUGAGUCAUGAACGCACAAUUCCCGUCUCUUCCGCCGGCUCCCUCUUUGUCUUGUGUGUAAUCGGAUCUUCUUUUCCCUUUCUCCCUUUCUCUUUGUUUUUCAAACAAACGCCGCCUUUGCUUUACUUGUUCUUCCAAAUGAAAUGAACGUUACACUCAUCUGCUUUCCAAACAUGAAAUCACUUCUUUGCCUUAUCCUCUUCUGCUUCUUCUUCUUUCCUACUGACGCUGGCAAUCGUUCUUCCGAUGUUGUCUCUCUUCUCGCCUUCAAGAACUCCGUCUCUCGUGAUCCUUCCGAUCUUCUCGCCACCUGGAACUCAGCCACCGACCACUGCACGUGGUUCGGUGUCACGUGCGAUCACUCCACUGGCAGAGUUAACGCUUUGGUUCUCGUCGGGACUCUGACGGAAUCCUCCAAUGUCAUUGCCGGAACUCUUCCACCUUCUAUCUCCCAGCUGGAGGAGCUCCGGACCUUGUCCAUUCCUCAUAAUCAGUUUUCCGGCCAGAUCCCGGCGAGUAUCGGAGAGCUUCGGUUUUUGGAAGUUCUGGAGCUGCAGGGAAAUAACUUCUCUGGCCAGAUACCGUAUGAGAUAAGCAGGUUGGAGGCUCUUCGAGUGCUAAAUUUAUCGUUUAAUUCGCUGAGCGGUGAAGUUCCAAGUGGAGUGAUUGGUGGAGGAAAUUUGAGUGUGAUUGAUUUGUCGAAUAAUCAAUUAAUUGGUGGAGUGGUGAUUGAUUCUGUAAGUAAAUGCGAGUUUUUAAAGCAUUUGAAGCUUUCUAAUAAUUUCUUGACUCAGAAUAUUCCAAAGGAAAUUGGAAAAUGUAGAAAUUUGAGGACAUUGAUGCUUGAUAGAAAUAUUCUAGAAGGUCCGAUUCCGGCUGAGAUGGGAAGUAUUUCGGAGCUCCGAGUUCUUGAUGUUUCUAGGAAUAGUCUUACUGAUAGGAUUCCAGUAGAGUUAGCCAAUUGCAGAAAGUUGUCAGUUCUUGCGUUGACGAAUUUGAAUCAAGUAAAUGGCAAUGAUGGUAGUUUGAAAGGAGAGUUCAACGCUUUUGAUGGUAGCGUGCCUUACGAGUUGUUGAUGAGUUCGAGCUUACAGAUCUUGUGGGCACCGAGAGGAAAUCUUGGAGGGAGAUUGCCCGACAACUGGAAUGAAUCUUGCUCUCUCAGAGUGCUGAAUUUGGGGCAAAAUGUUUUCAACGGAGUGGUGCCCAAAAGUUUGGGGAAUUGUAAGAAUCUCACUUAUUUGGAUUUGAGUUUGAAUAAUUUGGUUGGUUAUUUGCCGAUGCAGCAGCUGCGAGUUCCAUGUAUGAUGUACUUCAAUGUUAGUCAGAAUAACAUAACAGGCUACCUUACAGGACUCGAGGAUGCCAAUUGCGGUAGUUUUAGCUUGCUUGUUUAUGGUGAUGAUAGUUUUUUAGAUUUGGAAGAUGUACAGAUUGCUUAUGCUAAUAUUCCCGUUUGGGUAUCGACUACAAAUGAGAGCUUUGUGAUUAUCCAUGAUUUUAGUGGAAAUAGGUUCUCUGGUACUUUGCCUAUAUUCUUACUGGGAGAUGAAUUCAUGGCUAGUAAGAAUAAACCUGUUUACAGAUUGUUACUGAACAAUAACAUGUUUGAUGAGUCUCUUCCCGGAGAGCUAGUCUCAAAGUGCAGCGAUCUACUGAGCCUUUCAGUUAAUUUAAGUGCAAACCAGUUGUCAGGUACGAUUGAUGAGGGGUUGUUUCUUAACUGUCUACCGUUAACGGAGUUUGAAGCAGCUAACAAUCAAAUUGGUGGCCCAAUUGCCUCAGAUGUUGAUAAGUUGAUGAAGCUUCAGCGUCUUGAUUUAAGUGGAAACAGGGUUUCUGGAUCUCUGCCUUCUCAGUUGGGGAAUUUGAAAUUUCUGAAAUGGAUUUUUCUCAGAGGGAACAAUAUAACAGGAGGAAUUCCAUCUGAAUUUGGUAUGUUGAGUUCUCUUAAAGUUUUAGAUCUUUCUCACAAUGGUCUCACAGGAUCCAUUCCUGCAAGUUUGUCAAAAGCCACAACUCUUGAAACUUUGUUACUUGACCACAAUCGGCUUUCUGAUGAGAUACCCUCAUCUUUCUCGACCCUCCUUAGUCUUGCUACACUGGAUGUUUCUUUCAAUAACCUGUCUGGCCGUAUACCUCAUCUUCAUCACCAAAUAGACUGCAAUUCAUUCAAGGAAAACAAGCACCUGGGUCCAUGUCCAGACACGAACUCUACUGGACCAGAAAAAUUUCCAAUUCAGCUUACUCAUGAAAAAUCGCAGAGUCAGAAAAGAUUAAAAUCAUUCAUCAUUGCAGUGGUAACUUCAGCUAUCGCUGUUCUGUGCAUAGCCUCUGUGAUACCAUUUAUUAUUUUCAGGAAGAGAAGGUUUAGGAGACUAGCUAGUGUGAGGGGGAAAGUGGUUGUAACCUUUACAGAUGCUCCAACUGAACUAACCUAUGAUAAUGUGGUUAGAGCUACUAGGAACUUCAGUAUUGGCAACCUAAUUGGUACAGGAGGCUUCGGGUCAACUUAUAAAGCGGAAUUGGUUCCAGGUUACCUGGUGGCUGUAAAGAAGCUAUAUUUAGGGAGAUUCCAAGGUAUCCAACAAUUUGAUGCUGAGAUAAGAACCCUGGGACGUAUUCGACAUAAGAACCUUGUAACUCUUAUAGGGUAUUACGUCGGAGAGGCUGAAAUGUUCUUAAUUUACAACUAUCUUUCUGGUGGAAACCUUGAUACCUUCAUACACAAGCAAUCAGGCGAAAAUGUACAGUGGUCAGUGAUUCUCAACGUAUCCAUUGACAUAGCACAGGCACUUGCUUACCUUCACUAUUCAUGUGUUCCCCGGAUAGUUCAUCGGGAUAUUAAGCCUAGCAAUAUCCUGCUUGAUGAGGAACUUAAUGCUUACCUGUCAGACUUUGGUUUGGCUAGGCUUUUGGAAGUUUCUGAAACUCAUGCCACAACAGAUGUGGCUGGCACAUUUGGUUAUGUGGCACCAGAAUAUGCAACCACAUGUAGGGUUUCUGAUAAAGCAGAUGUUUAUAGCUUUGGUGUGGUGCUCUUAGAAUUAAUGUCCCGGAAAAGAUCCCUUGAUCCAUCAUUUUCUGAGUAUGGGAAUGGGUUCAAUAUUGUCUCAUGGGCCAAGAUGCUGAUGAAGGAGGGACGGUCUUCUGAGCUUUUUUCUCCAGCAUUAUGGGAAGCAGGGCCUAAAGAGAAUUUGUUGGGAAUGCUAAGGCUUGCAUCAAGCUGCACUGUAGAGACGCUUUCUGUUAGGCCAUCAGUGAAGCAGGUUCUUGAGAAAUUACAGCAGUUGAAAUGACAAAACAUUUUAACCUCUGGCAUUGGACACUGAUGAGAGCGAUAAAAUCUCUUCAUGUCUGCAGCAUUAGCCGUACUGUAAGAGAUGGCACCGACCCCAAGUGGAACCGCCGCUGCGUGACAUCAAAAUUCAGGGUCAUCUCCUCAUGUCUAAGGUUAUUUACAAUGUCCACGGACCUCACCUCAUUGCUUAUUGAUUGGCUGCACUAGAACAGUUUCCUCGACAUGACAAUCGAGUGGAAAUUUCGUUCCUUGCUUUACAUCAAAUUCAGUGAUCUUCUCCACCUCUUGUAGUCGGCGACAUUGUCCACCACCUCACUAGUGUUGUUGAAAUUCUCCGACAUUUAGCAACGUGGAGUGGGAAUAGUGGCUGUAGUCUCAGACAGGCAGGCACAAGUGGCCAUGCAAGGCAGCCAUUCGAAGCAACCAUGGGAAACGGCAACCAUGCGAAGUUACCUAAGCACGACCAGACAAACUACAAAUUUUUUUUGGUAUAUCACUACAUAAUAUUGUUGAAAUUCUCCGAUAUUUAGCAAGGAGGUAAGGUGGAGUGGCAUUAGUGGUUGUCGUCCCUGUCUCAGACGGGCACAGGCACAAGCAACCACGCGAAGCGACAACUUGUCUUUUUCAAAAUGUACUUAUUAAAAAAUGAAUAAAAACUAUUUCUAUCCUUAAAUAUUAUUAUAAUUUUGUUUA